UUGUUGUUUUCAUUCAGAUUCCAGCAUCUGCAGUAAUUUCCUUCUUCAAAGACUGCACUGUCAGGAAGGCUCCUAUCUGGACAGCUGCUGGCUAUCUCCGGUUUCCUUAAAGCUCACCGAGGGAGGACAAAGACAUGAAUAGUUCACAGGAGCUUUUCUCAGAUGGAAACUGCAAUCUUGAAGCCAACUUCCAGUAUUAUUUAUUUCCAAUCAUCUACAGCAUUGUGUUCAUUUUGGGCUUGAUUGGCAAUGUCACAACCUUGUGUCUUUUGACCAAGCAAAUGAAGAAAUCCUCCCCAUCUUAUGUGUACAUUACAAACCUGGCUGUCGUAGACAUCAUGUACAUUUGCACCUUACCUUUUAGAAUCCACUACCACAUCAAAAAGAACGACUGGCCCUUUGGGGAUAUAACCUGCCGGAUUACGGGCACUCUCUAUUUCGCUAACAUAUACAUCAGUGUCGCUUUCCUCAGCAUCAUUUGUGUGGACCGUUAUAUUGCAGUGGUCUAUCCAAGAAAAUACAUCAGGAUGCGGAGCACACACUACUCAAAGAUCAUCUCCGCUCUGGUGUGGAUCUUCUCUCUGACUGUUAUGCUUUCCCUGGUCUUUGGUGGCUCACUCAGCACCACCUUCAAAAACAACAUGACGGCUUGCUUUGAGAACUUUGACGCAGAGACCUGGAGCAAAAGAAUGGCAGCCUACAACAUAGCGGUGCUCUUGUUUGGUUUUGUCAUCCCAUUUACCAUCAUCAUGAUAUUUUAUCCUUUGGCAGCAAAGAAAAUAGCCCAGCUGAAAGGCAGUGUCUACAAGGAAAAGGCAUUGACAAUGAUUCGGGUCAUUUUGGUGAUCUCAGUUUUUUGUUUUGUCCCUUAUCAUGCCAUCCAUUUGCUCCAUUUCCUUGCUCGCUUGAGAUUUAUUCAGAACUGUGCUUUCAGCAGCUUUGUCUACAAGUUUAGGAGAAUUACCAUGGCCCUUGUCAGCCUCAACAGCAUUUUUGACCCCCUGAUAUACUAUUUUGCAACUAUCCAUUUUAAGUUAAAUUAUAGCAAACAAAAGAGGUCAAUUAAGCAAAUUUUACAUUAUGAUCAAGAAAAUAAACUAGUUAAGCAGGAUGACAACGUUGUCUCGCAGAAAAUGGAAAUCUGAUACUGAUGGACACACAUAUAAACUGAGCCUCAGGAGUUGAAGAAAUGCUGGUUUUGCCUCUACCCUGGCUCAGUUUUGAAGUGAUUCUUUAUUGCUUUCCUAUUCCCAGUGAGGAAAAUAGGAACAGGAGUAUGUCAAUUAGAUUUUUCAAGCCUGUUCCAGCAUUCGGUGAAAUCCUGUCUAUGCUUAACACAGAGAGCGCCGAUCAGUCUAGUGGAUGAUUCACUCAUUAAUAACUACAGAUCAGUCAUUCUGAGAGUCUUGAGACUUGAUAUACUGCAACAAUUGCAUCAAAGGCAUCUGCGUCCCACAACACUUUGAGGUAGAGCACAAUUUUCUGUUUGAUGGCCGGGUCUCUCAAAAUCAUUGGAGGAGAUGCUAUUAAAUAACUGGUGCUAUUCAUUGUCGGGAGAUGAGAGAUCCACUGUUAGUUAUUUUCUUUUCCAUCAAGACAAUGGGACCAUCUUAGGAUAAACAUCUUAGUAAACAGAACAUGUUCUUCCUAAAUGUAGACUAUGACUCCAGUUAGAUAGAAGUCAAACACUUGUAGAGUCACAUUUCAGAGGCAGUGAUUACAUCACUGAAAAAAACAUAGAGUCCUGAGCAAAAGGGGAGUGGUAAUGGUGGUAGAGACUGAGAUAAUAAAACAUGGGUGAAUGAUAAGUGUGAGUGAGUACGGGGUUGAACUUGAGAUAAAAGUUGUGUGAAUGUCACUUUUUAAGAGUUUUAGAUUUUAAACUAGUAGAAUCUGAGUUUUUGUGAAAUGGUUUAAAAAUGAAAAAGGUCAGUCUUUCCGAAACCAUGAUUAUAAACCAGUUCAUGUCAUCUGGAGUAUUAACGGGGGAGCUGGGGAGGGGGGGGGGGGUGUGGUGGUAUCCUAACUGAAUUAGUCCUAUUUAUCUGCUUUUACCCCAUAUCCUCUAAACCUUUCCUAGUCAUGUACCUGUCCAAAUAUCUUUUAAAUGUUGUAAUUGUGUCCGCCU